AUGCCACCGCACGAAUCCUCCGGAGCUUGCGCUGGACACAGCACACUCACUCAGGUGAGCGAGAACCGUGCGGCUGUCACGGCGUAUGGUGAUGGGCCGUCGCUGCGAUGGGAAUUCUGGGGGACGUCGAGCAUGCUUUUGCUGCAGCGCCUCUCCACCCCGACGGUUCUUUUGCUUGUCUUCUGGGCCCAUCUAGGUGUCCCCAUCUACGUCGAGGUGUUCCGCCGCCUGCAUGCGGGUGUUGCACCACCACGUCCUGUUGUCCCACGGGAUCAGGUGCGCCCUGCUUCGUUCAUGCUUUCGCGCCUCUUCCUUACGUCCCCGGGCGAGGAAACCCACGACUGA